CAAGAAGCAAAUUGAUUGUAAAUUAACAUAUAAAUGAGAGGAUUUAAUUUUAUUCUACAUUAUUAGUGUGUCGCCGUUGCCGUCGAUCAUCAAUUGACAUUCAGAAAAGAAAAUGUUCGGCAUACUUUAUGACUAUGUGAUUUGGACCAUCGAAUUAAUCAUAUUUGGCGGUGUGAUCGUAUGGAUUAUCAACUACAUAAAUCGGAAACAAAAUUAUUGGAAUGAACAUGGUGUAACUAGUAUAAAGCCAUUGUUUCUAUUUGGUACGGAUAUUGAAUUAGGAUUCAAUGAUUGGCCAUCAAUAACAAUGCGUCGUGUACGACGUUAUGGAAAAUUUUUCGGUGGUUACCAAUUAUUGACACCAACAUUGACCAUUAUGGAUCCUGAAUUAAUCAAACAGGUUUUCAUUAAAGAUUUUCAUUGUUUCAUUAAUCGUGCAAAACUACGUACAUAUCAUGAACUGUUAAAUCAAAAUUUAUUAUUUUCAUUGGAUAAAAAAUGGAAACGGAUGCGUAGUAUUGCCAGUCCAUCAUUUACGACCGGUAAACUUCGUGCAAUGACUAAAACAAUGAACGGAUGUGUGGAUCGAUUAUUUGAUCUUUUUGAAAAAAUUCGUAAUCAAUCCAAUGGUGAACUGGAAACGAAAAAAGUUAUCGCAGGUUUUACAAUGGAUGUUAUUGCAGCAGCUGGUUUCAGUACGAAUAUGAAUACAAAUCUUGGUGAAGAUGAUCAAUUCUUUCGUAAUGGUUUGGGUUUAUUUCGUUCAUCAAAUUUCCGCAUGUUAGCUAUAUUUACGUUUCCGAAAUUUCUGCUGAAUCUGCUUAACAUUCGUUUCGCAUUCACAGAGGAAGCAUUUGAAUAUUUUUGCAAUCUAACUAGAGAGAUUAUUAAACAACGUAAAACAAUGAAACAAAGACCAACAGAUUUGCUACAAUUGAUGUUGGAUGCGGAAGUCGAUGAAAAAGUUGUGGAUGAUGAUAAUUUUGAUAACCUUGAAGCAACGGCUGAUGAACCACAAAUCGAUAAUGAUAAUAAGAUAAAUCAAUCAGUCAAUAAGAAAAAACUUACUGAAAGUGAAAUCAUUGCCAAUGCCAUUUUCUUUUUGAUUGCCGGUUUUGAGACAACAUCCUCAACCAUCGCACAUUGUCUAUUUCUAUUAGCAUGGCAUCCAGAAAUUCAAGAACGUCUUUAUGAGGAAUUGAAGGAGAAUUUGAAAGACACAGAUGUCAAUUCCAUUGAAUAUUAUGACAAAGUUAUGUUGUAUCUGCCAUAUUUUCAAGCUGUUGUGAAAGAAACAUUACGUCUUUAUCCACCUGUAACCAUAUUGACAAGGAUCGUUUCGGUUGAAGAUCAUUCAUUGAAUGGUAUACCAUUAAAACGGGAUACAAUAAUUCAUAUUCCGACGCAUGCUAUCCAUCAUUGUGAAGAUUAUUAUCCUGAUCCAGAACGAUUUGAUCCUGAACGCUUUAUGCCUGAAAAUAAGGACAAACUUGUACCUUAUACAUAUAUGCCCUUUGGAAUGGGCCCUAGAAAUUGUAUUGGAAUGCGAUUUGCAUAUCAGGAAAUUCGCUUAGCAUUAUCGCGAAUCAUAAUGACAUAUCGUUUUGAAACAAUCUCUGGUGUUACACCAAAAGUGUUGAAAUUCAGACCACGUUCACCAUUGUUAUCAACAUUACCAUUCAAAUUGAAAAUCAUAAGGCGAUAAUCUAUAAAUAUAUACAACAUUGUACAAUUGUAAAAACUGUGUUGUAUAAAUGAUAAAAAAAAAUUUUGCCUAAAAUUGAUAAAAGACAUGAAAAUAAUUAAAAUCUUUUAAUAAUAA